CUUGUCAGUGUCAGCACAUGGAUGUGCAAAUGCCCUGAGCGCCGCGCAAGAGCCCCAGCCAGCUCCGAGGUCUGGGCGGAGCGAGAGGGGAGAGCCAGGGAGCUCGAAAGCGCCGCUCGCCUUUGGCUUGGCUGGCUCCCCCUUUUUUGUGGGUUUUAUUUUUUUUAAUUUCCUCUCCUGCUGCUGGGGCUAGAAAAGCAAAAAGACACCAAGAGUGCAAGUGGACGUCCCGAUUCCCUUGGAGCUGUCUUGAAGCUGCGGUCACUUUCCCGAGGAUCCCCCCGGGUUUUGUUUACUUUUUUUUUUUUUAAAUUGCUGUAAUCCCCAAAGACUGUUUCUGGGAUCUUUCGUCUCCUCAUAAUAAUUGUAGUGAUAAUAAUAUUUUUUUAAAAUUGAGAGGCUAUGGCUCGACCUCUUCCUCUGAACCCAACUUUCCUACCUCCAACCUACGGCGUGCUGAAGUCUCUGCUAGAAAACCCUCUUAAGCUACCGCUGCAUCAGGAAGACGCAUUUUGUAAAGAAAAAGACAAAGAAAAAAAGCUGGACGAUGACAACAGCAAUGCCACAGUGCCACAGUCAGCUUUCUUGGGUCCUACAUUAUGGGACAAAACACUUCCAUAUGAUGGUGACACUUUCCAGUUGGAAUACAUGGACCUGGAAGAAUUUCUCUCAGAAAAUGGCAUUCCACCCAGCCCUGCUCAACAUGACCACAGCCCACACCCACCAGCUAUCCAGCAAGCUACCUCAGCAGCACCUUCUGUCAUGGACCUCAGCAGCAGAGCAUCCACGUCAGUUCACUCGACCAUGGUAUCUCAAAACUGCAUGCAGACUCCAGUCAGGCCAGGUGCAAUCUUGUCCACAAGUCGUAACACACCAAGUCCCAUCGAUCCCGAAUCCAUUCAGGUUCCCGUUGGGUACAAACCAGACCCUGCUGAUCUUGCCCUUUCAAGCAUUCCUGGCCAGGAACUAUUCGACCCUCGUAAACGCAAGUUCUCUGAGGAAGAGCUCAAGCCACAGCCAAUGAUUAAGAAAGCCCGCAAAGUCUUCAUUCCGGAGGAUCUGAAGCAGGAUGACAAAUACUGGGCAAGACGUCGAAAGAACAACAUGGCCGCCAAGCGUUCUAGAGACGCCCGGAGGCUGAAGGAGAACCAGAUUGCCAUCCGCGCCUCAUUCCUGGAGAAGGAGAACUCGGCACUUCGCCAGGAGGUGGCAGAUUUACGGAAAGAGCUGGGCAAAUGCAAGAAUGUGCUGGCCAAGUACGAAGCCCGGCAUGGCCCUCUGUAAAUGGCGUGGCCCCUUUCUGUCCCCCCCUCCUUUUUUUGUGGGUUGGCUUUUGAAUAUAUGGACAGCGUGUUUCCUGUUUGAUAGCACCACACCCAAUACCAACCUUUCAGUCGUCGGCACUUUACCGGAAAAGCAGAAACAAAACCAAUGUACAACUUUGUUGUGUGUGUGUCUGUGCGUGCGUGCGUGCACAUCUCAGCAUGUCCCGAUUUUUUU